AUGUCAGCGCUCACAAGUUUAGGAUUUGUGCCAACGAUAGAGGAAGGAGAUGACGUUCCUGAAUACAGUGAAAGCUCAGGAUCAGAGGCCGAGGAAGUGGCAAAGAGAGUGAAAAAGAAAAAGAAGACGCAAAAGCAUGAUUUUAAUCAGAGCUUCAAUUUUAAUGACCAGUUUGAUGAUGAUACCGGGUAUGAUUUCACUUCUGUGCUAAAAUUUGCCAAAAAACAAGUCCAUUCAACAACUCUUGAUGAAAAGAUUGCCAAGAUUCGCCGUCAGAGAAGGAAAGAUCCUGCAGAGAUCAAUGGCGGAGAAGAGACUGAGAAUACUGAGCCAGUUGUGGAAGAUGGGAAUGGUGACGAGGAGGAGGAAGAACUGGAGGAGGAUGUGGAAUCCUCAGAUGAGGAAAUGGCUGCUGAUACAAUAAAAACGAAGCAAAAGAGGAAGAGAAAACGAAAACGGAAGAAUGGAGAGGAGAUCGACGAGGAGGGGGAGAAAGUCCAGUUCACAGAGAGCAUAGACAGUGUUGAUCAGAGGCUCACUUUCCCGGACAUGAACAUUUCUAGGCCUUUGUUAAAGGCUUUAGGCAAGAUGAACUUUGAGCAGCCCACACCGAUACAGGCUGCUACCAUACCCGUGGCUUUACUGGGAAGAGAUAUCUGUGCGUGCGCUGUGACGGGCUCAGGGAAGACUGUGGCAUUCAUGCUGCCUGUGCUGGAGAGGUUACUUUACAAACCCAAACAGACGCCAGUUACACGAGUGCUUGUGUUAGUGCCCACAAGAGAACUGGCUGUCCAGGUACAUCAAGUGGCCAAGCAGUUAGCUCAGCACUCUAACAUUGACAUCACACUCUCUACAGGUGGGCUGGAUAUUAAAGCACAGGAAGCAGUUUUAAGACUUGGUCCUGAUGUCGUCAUAGCAACCCCAGGUAGAUUGAUUGAUCACCUUCACAACUCGCCAAACUUCAGUUUACAUAAUGUGGAGAUUCUGGUGUUAGAUGAGGCUGACAGAAUGCUGGAUGAGGUCUUCGCAGAGCAGAUGAAGGAAGUGAUUCGUCUGUGUUCACGGACGCGGCAGACCAUGCUGUUUUCAGCAACGAUGACAGACGAGGUGAAAGACUUGGCAGCUGUGUCUUUGAACGAUCCAGUGAAGAUAUUUAUAAAUGAGAACACAGAUGUGGCUCACAGUCUGCGGCAGGAGUUCGUCAGGAUACGGCCCAGCAGGGAGGGAGACAGAGAGGCCAUAGUCUCAGCUUUAGUUUGUCGGACCUUCCGGGACCACUGUAUAGUGUUUGUACAGACAAAGAAACAGGCUCAUCGUCUUCACAUCAUCUUGGGGUUGCUAGGGGUGAAUGUUGGAGAGCUACAUGGCAACCUGUCUCAGGCCCAGAGACUAGAAACUCUGAAGAAGUUCAAGGACUCUGAGAUUGAUGUUUUGCUCGGGACGGAUUUAGCAGCCAGAGGUCUGGACAUAGAAGGAGUUAAAACUGUGAUCAAUUUUACCAUGCCAGCAACAGUCAAGCAUUACGUACAUCGGGUGGGGCGUACAGCUCGAGCAGGCAAGAGCGGAAGAUCGGUAAGCCUGGUGGGAGAACAGGAGAGGAAACUGUUGAAGGAACUAGUGAAGAAAGCUCGAACAGCUGUCAAGAGCAGAGUCAUUCCACAAGAGGUGAUUGGGAAAUACAGAGACAAGAUCACAAAAAUGGAGCCUGAUAUAAAGAAAGUGAACAUCGAGGAAUUGGAGGAGAAGGAACUGAAGGCCUCUGAAGACAAAAUGAAGAGGGCUGAGAAAUUACUGGAGAACCCCAAAGAUCAGGGGGGACAACCCAAGAGAAUUUGGUUUCAGAGUCACAAGGAGAAAAUGAGAGAAAAAGCGGGACUCAGACUGGCUCAUCUCAAAGGCAUCAAAAAUCAGACAGGAAAGAACAAGAAAAAAAUCACUCCAGAAGAUCGAGUAAACUUUGAGUUGACAAAAGCUCAACUUUAUGCUCAUCGAACCUCAAAGAAAGCUUUCCGACCCAAACGUAUCCGAGCUUACAACGACGCUGAGGAGAUUGCUGCACCAAAGAAGAAACGCAAGGGCAAAAAGUCCACCUUUGACCAGGAAUUGACCAAUACCAGUAAGAAGGCAGUCAAGAUGCUGAGAAAGGGACCGUCUUACCAAGAGAGAAAGGAGAUGGGGUUAGUCGGGAAGCACAAAGGAGGUCGACCCUACGGGGGCGGUGGUGGUGGUGGCGGUGGUGGCGGUAAAGGGAAGCCAUCAUUCCCUGGAAAGUCUCAUAAACAGAAAGGAAAACAAAGAAUUUUCAUAGAAAAGUUCUACAGCCUUAUUCAGUUACAAGAGAUGACUGUUGAUAACAGUUUUGGUGAAAAUUGGUGA